AUGGCUAAAGACAUCGAUCUUGCUCUCCAGAAACUUUCCCUCCUCUCUGAAGAAGACGAGGAACCAUAUGAGAUGCCAGACCUCCCUGAAUUCAAAUCCUGUGUUCGAAGUAAAUUCAGUAUUCUUGGCCGCGCUCUAAACCCCGACUGUCAAAGAAUGUCAAGCCUCAUACUUGACAUGCCUCGAAAGUGGCAGAAGUAUGAUCGUGUUUGUGGCCUUGCUCUGUCUAAUGAUCGAUUUCAGUUCAUCUUUGAUUAUGAGAAUGACUUGCUGGAUAUCCUCAACAAAGUUAAUUACUACACUACUCCAGCGCUCACUAAGCUUGGUGACUUCGCCGGAGAGGUGAUUGAAGUAGCUUUUGAUCCCAAUAAACCUCACAAUCGAGAUUACGUUCGAGUUAAAGUAAAGGUUGAUGUCUCGAAGCCUCUUCGUAGGUCAAAAAUCAUCAAGCUCCCAGAUGGUACAACUGUCACCAUUCUCUACAACUACGAACGAGUUCAAAAGCGUUGUUUUACUUGUCAACGACUCACCCACGCUCAAGACAAGUGUCCUAUCUUCAAGAGUCUCAAGUCCUCUGCGCCUCAGAGUAAAACAGACGUUUCCUCUGCUUCCAAAUCAUCUCCACCAUCUGUUCUCCAGCCUGGCGAUCCUCUAUUUGGUGUCCUGGACCAGUUGAUUUCUCCUGCCAAUCCAUCCUAUACUCGCAUUGCUGAAGAUGUUCUCCAAGAAAUGCGUCUUUACUUAGCUUCUGCAAGUGAUUCUGAGCGUCGCCUUUUUGAGGAACGACUUAAAUCCACUGUUGCCUCCAUUCAGAUAAAUCCGGUUGCAGAACGUUCCAUUCUACAGAAUCAAGCUCCACCAGCUACUACUAAAGACAUAGACAAAGGCAAAGGAAUCGUUUUUGGAUACGAACACAAAGCUUCUCCUGCUCCUAAGCUAAUGAAUUCUGCUUUUCCAGCGAUCAAUCCUUUUGAUCUUGACUUGUUACGUGUCCAACAAGCAUCACUGAAAGAGGCUCAAAUUAUAUUUAACUUUCAAUCUCAGAUGCCACCUCCUUCCCAGUUUGCACUUGACGCUGGUCCCUCUGGCUCUGCACCAAAGAGAGCUCCUCGACGCCGUAUCUCUACCAGUACUAGUGUCUCUGCAUCUGCUACAAGGAUAUCUACAACUUCGUCUAAGAAACGUAAGAGUGUUGACAAAGGAAAAGCUGAUGAUCAUGGUGGUCGCUCCCUCAAGUCCAAAGUUUGCAGGAAUGCUAAUUCUCAGGUGGUCCCUACUGAAGGGCCACUGAACCAAUGA